GACCAGUUCGCGACAAAAUGUGUAACUUACAACAUCGUCGAUUCACUACUAACUAGCCCAGCUAGCGUUAAAUAAUUUUAUACAAGCAACUUUCUUUAACUUUUCUAUUAAAUAACAAUCGGUUAUUGUUAUGAGACGGCCAAUCACGAGAUUUAGAUUCGAAAAUCCGCGUUGCCAGAUUGCCUGCCGCGUACAAGUUCCUCAGAAGUGCGUAUAUACGGGGUGGUUCGAUUUUAUUAUAUCGAACAGAAGUUGGAGGUUAGUUUAGUUUCAUCAACCCCCUGUACAAAAGCGAUUUAGAAAAAUGUCAGGAGACAGUACUGGAUAUAUAGCGGCUCUGGAUAUUGGUACCACUACCCUCAGAUGUCAGAUCAUUGAUAAAAAUGGCGACUGCAUUGGAAGUGCUUUCAACAAGGUGAAGUUGUAUUAUCCCAGCCCUGGAUCAGUUGAAAUACACCCAGACGAACUCUAUGACAAUACUAUAAGCAUAAUAAAGGAUUCUAUCAAAGAUGCCAAUGUAAGCAUAAGACAGAUCAAAUCCUUGGGAAUAGCCACCCAAAGGGCCACAUUCAUCACGUGGAGAAAAAGUACUGGCAAACCUUUACACAACUUCAUCACAUGGAAAGAUAUAAGAGCUUGGGAGUUUAUCAAGAAAGUCAAUAAGUCUUGGAAGAUUUGGUUGCUUCGAACAGGUUGCCAGAUUAUUCAUUUGUUAACCAGACAAAUGAAGUUCAAUAUUGUGGGAAAUUUGAAAUUUACAAGUACCCAUGUAACCCUGCGUCUUCUGUGGCUCCUACAGAACAACGAGGAACUGCAAAAAGCCCUGUCAAGCAAUGAUCUGAUGUUCGGCACCGUAGACACCUGGUUGGUGUACAAAUUGACAGGUGGUCGUACCUACGUCACAGAUAUUUCCAAUGCCAGUGCUACAGGAAUGUACGAUCCUUUCAGUCUAUGCUGGAGCCUUAUUCCCAAGUACCUAAACAUUCCCCAAUCUAUACUGCCCACUGUCGUAGAUAAUGAUUACGAAUUUGGGUACUGUUCAAGUGAUAUUUUUGGUGUUCCUAUCAAAAUCGGUGCUGUGAUGUCUGAUCAAUCAGCUUCAAUGUAUGGUUCAUGUAGUUUUGCGGAGAACGACUUGAAGAUAACCAUGGGUACUGGUGUUUUUCUGGAUGUAAAUACCGGGUGUAAUAUUAAAGGUGGUACGGAGGGUACUUAUCCACUGGUUGGUUGGAAAAAUAAGGAGGAAUUGGUGUUUUUGACGGAGAUCCCCGGUUCUGAUGCCGGGUCUUUGGUAGAAUGGAUGUUAGCUACUGGUUUGAUAUCAACUGCCGAUGAAUUGAACAUAAUGCCCACAAGCGUAAAGAAUACCAGUGGAGUGUACUUUAUACCAGCAUUCAGUGGCUUAGGGCCACCAAUCAGCAACGAAAAUGCCGCCAGUGGCUUCAUAGGUAUCAAACCGGAGACCAGGAAAGAACAUAUGAUCAGGGCAGUGCUAGAAAGUAUAGUUUAUAAAACCAUUUUAGCGUACGACUUGCUGAGGUCACAAUGGAAAGAAAACUUCACCUAUAUUAGUGCAAAUGGUGGCGUUUCAAAAAACGAUUUCAUCUGUCAGCUGUUGGCGGAUUUGACUGAUUUACCUGUCAAGAGACUGUCAGCGGAAAUGUCAACUUUGGGAGUGGCAUUUUUGGCUGGAUUGUCUGGUGGGCUGUGGCAUUCCAAAGAAGAACUUUCCAAAAUCGAUAAAACUGAAAAAGUUUUUUAUCCAUCAAAAGAGAAAACGCGAAAAACGGAAUUACUUGUAGAGUUAGAAAGUUGGAGAAGGGCUACUGAUAGGUUUAAGUCGUGGUAUGAUUAGAAAUAUAUAAUUUUACCAAAAAAAACAUUUUAUACCUAGAUAUACACUUUUUAAAAAAAAUAAAUUUAUAUACUUAUAUA